GUUGUUAUUGUUGGAGGAACAGCCACCAGGUGACAGUGUUGCUGCCAGUGCCCAGUGGCUUUGGCUACUGCAGUUGGCAGAGGAGAAUCACUCGACUGUCUGCCGGCCCACUCAGCCUUCCAUCUCUCGCAAAGCUGGAGGAGAGGCGGAAGGGUAGUGAGUGGUGAGGAUGGCGUCUCGGGAUGGUCCUGUAGUGUCGGGGACUGACGGCUCGGACUUCGUGCACAGGGAGACUGUAGCCGCACAUUACCAGAUUAGCUGGCCACCAAAGAAGAUAAUUACAGAGCUUGCGCUGAACAAAGGACGACUACGAAAAUGUGUGUUCGCCCAUCUCCUGCUGGCCCUCCUCAUGCUGGUCAAGAUGGUUCCUGAUUUCCUAGACAGAUUUGAUAUUUUUAUCCUUGAGAUUGAAGAAUUAGAAGUUCCACAACCAUUAAAAUGGGAAUAUAUCUGGUUGGUGGGGUCCUUGGCCAGCUUCUUGGGUCUCAUAGCCAUUCGAAAAAAUCGGGUGUUACUUCUUCAGAUAUACUUCGGCCUCAUCAACCUCCUAUCGACAGUACCGAUUCUUUUGGCCGCAAUGAUUUACUUUAAAGACUUCUGGAAGUACUGUACUGAAGAGGAACCAGAGGGCUUACAGUUGUGGCUGGGUUAUCCGGUGAGUGUGUUAUGGUACAGCUUCAUAAUGGUAGCCAUGCAGGUCCACAUCUUCACCUUGAUCUUUGCUUGGAAGCUCAUACUGGCAUGGAAGAACCGAGGGGCGGCAAAGAAGGCCCAGUGAUUGAAGCUGGUGGUUGACACUAAUAUUGUUCGAGCAUGGUGUCAAAAUGUUAUUGUUCUAGAUUAAGAUUUAAGAGCUGGUGAAUGUUUAUGGUUUGGAGUUGCAGUUAUGAUUAUUAAAAACUGUUUGUUAACAAUAACAUUUCCUUUUCUAUUUAUUUUUUUAUAUGACUAUAGUUCCAUCAGAGUAUUAGCUUAUUGAUGACAAAAUAAUGUGGUGAUGGAUACUGCACAUAAAGUUCAUAAUGUUGUUGGCUGUGUGCAAAACUUUUUUAAGUUGUUGUAUACUUACAUGAUGCAAUCACUGAAACACUACUUUUUUUCUAUUUCAAUCUUAUUACUGUAUUAUCUUCAUUCUCUUUUGUGUUUUCCUUCCCCUUUGUUUGGUCUUCAAGUUUUGCAUGACACUCGUAAAGUAAGGAAAAUGUGCACUCAUUUUGUUGGAACUGUGUUGGUGUUAUCCUGGUGAUGUUAUCCACUCUUUUUGGUGGAGGAGGAUGAUGAUGUCUGUGACAAUAGGUAGAUGAAUUCCUGUGUUCCUGCUUGUGCCAAGGCUCCCAUAGUAUUACUGUUGGUUUGUCUCGACCUAAUCCUGUCUUCUUAAAUUUUCUAAUUUUCUAAUAUUAUUCAGGCAGGACACCAGGGAACAUCAUCCUUUUGUAUAGCAAGAUGCUCAUCACUUGUUGGCUUAAGUAUAAUGUGUUCCUUAUGCUAUUGGUCUAUACCCAGGAGACUGAUGUUAGUGGCCAGUGUGGCUGACCCAGAAGAAAGAUGAGGUGCACACUAGCUUCUGUCAUGGUACUUUGUGAGGUAAGAAUCUUUGCUGCUAAGUACCCCUGUUUAUGCUUAAUACAGUACAGUAGCCACAAUAGGGGCAGCUUACCAAUCAUUUUCAUUAGUCUCAGCCACUAAUAUUAUGUCGUAUGUGUCUAGACCAACAGCUUAAUGUUAAUCCAUAAUACUUGAGUCAUCUUGAUCCAGGCUCAGCCUUAAAAUGGGAUUUCAGGAGUAAUCCUUCUUUUUCUUUUUUCAGCUUCAUGAUGUUAAUACAUGGGUUGUUGGAAAAUAAAUAAUAAAUAAAAAUCUAUCUUUUUGAUUAAUAUUGAUA